CCUCAGGCACGCCCGUAGCCACGCCCACCGCCACGCCCACGCGACCCUCUCUGGAGAUCAACAGUCCUUCACACAUGAGCCAUCUCACGCUCAUCGGACACACUUCCCUUCAUCUGUCCUGACAGGAAUCAUAAUCAUGACUUCAAACUCAAACCUCUCGAACAUGAAGCGGACUGUUGAGCAGCUCAAACUCGAAGCCAGCGUGGAGAGGAUCAAAGUUUCUCAGGCGGCGGCGGAUCUUCAGCAGUACUGCCUCCAGAACGCCAGUAAAGAUGCGCUCCUGGUCGGAGUACCGGCAGGCAGUAACCCGUUCAGAGAGCCGCGCUCAUGCACACUGCUGUAGACUGAAGGAGGGAGGAGGCAGAUCAGUGCUGGUAUUUUAUAUUACACAACCAUAGAAGUGAAACAUCAUGAGAAAUAUUGUAAGAAUAUUGAUGCCUUAAAUUUCAUAUAUUUCUUUUGUAUUUUAUAUUACGACUGAAUAUGAAACGGAACCAUUGUAUGAAUGGAUUUAUCUUAUUAAUGUAUCAGAAUUAAUCAUUUAGUUAUUCCAAAAGAAUUAAAGAGAUUCUGUUGUUUAAGUUUUGUUAAUUAAGUGUGUUAAUUAUUGAUUUGUCUGAUCAAUGAAAAAACUGUUUUUUAGUAUAUGAUUGAAAAGGAAAUAAAUGCAUAUUUUGUUUGAAUAUACAAA